CUUACCGCCGCCUUUCCCAGUCUUUAACUAAGCCAAAUAAGUGAAGUAGAGGGAAGAGGACCAGGCGGGCUCUCUAAACAACUCCUCUCACGAAAGGCCCAAACAUCUCCACUCGCAACUGACAAACCCCCACCCCACUCUCCGCGCGGGCAAAGAAACGACGUCGACUAGUUUCUUCUCGGAGUUACACACUUCCGCCAGUACUGCUAGUACUUGGCACUAGCACUACCAUUUAGGGCCUCCCAGCCCACUCUUUUUUUUUUUGUCAAACGGACCUCUUGUUUCUUGCAUAAUACAUUGCUAGUACUAUUAUUGUUUCUUCAAAUUUGCCAGCGCAGUUUGAUUCUUCACACUCAAUAAUAUUUUUUAUAUUUUAAAGAAAUUAAAGAAUUAGGAGCUGUAGGUUUUCAGCUAGUGAGAGAGUGCUAAGUAAUAGUAGUAGUAGUAGUAUCAUUUAUACUCUGAUUAAUUUUUAGUACGUCACUGGGUGGAAACUUUGGUAAUCAGUCGACCUUUCUGCAUAUUUUGCAUACUAGUCUUUAAAAAAAAAAAUUUUAAGGAAAUCUAGAUACCCCAAGUCAGUUAUGGGCUGUUCAUCUGGAUUUCGAGUGUCCCAUUUCUUGAAUUUGCAAAAUGAGGCAGUUUCGAGAAGCCCAAGCUUGAGUGUGAUUCUUUCUGAUGUUCAAGGGUUUAGUAAUACUGGGAAAGAAAACCGCCAUUGUCAUUCUUUCAGAAUAAGGCAGAGGCUUUUCUCUGUGAAGUUGUCGAAUCCAGGAGGUGAGCCAGAAUGUGGUGCCAGACUGAGUUCCGUACCCAAAGAAACUUGUAUAUCCUCUCCGGGGAAGGAUUUCAAGGUGUCAGACAGUAAUUACUUGUCGAAAGAUGAUAGUGCUCAAAGAAAUGUAGACAGCGGAGGUGGUGGACACGGUGGAAAUGGGAAAUUUCCCGGUGGAGGGGGCAGUGGAGGGGGUGACAAUGGGGAGAACGACAAUGAAGAAGAGGAGUUUGGGCCGUUACUCAAGUUUGAGGAGGUGAUUGGGGAGACUGAGGCUCGUGGAACUAGUCUUCCAGCAGAUAUGCUGGAGGCUGCCAAGAGCUUGGGGAUCAGGAAAGUGCUUCUUCUCAGAUAUUUGGACCUGCAGGGUUCGGCGUGGCCUUUGGGAUUUGCCAUGAAAUCAUGCUCAAUGCUCCGAAAUCGAAUGUUGGCCGAUCCUUCAUUUCUUUUCAAAAUCGGAACAGAGAUUGUUAUUGAUUCUUGUUGUGCAACAUUUGCGGAAGUUCAAAAGAGGGGCAAAGACUUCUGGGCAGAAUUUGAAUUAUAUGCUGCUGAUCUUUUGGUUGGGGUUGUUGUCAAUGUGGCUUUAGUUGGAAUGCUAGCACCAUAUGCUCGGAUUGGACAAUCAUCUGCGUCUCAAGGACUUUUCAGUCGCUUGCAGAGAGCUUAUGGUGCUCUUCCUAGCAGUGUAUUUGAGGCAGAAAGGCCUGGUUGUCAAUUUACCAUAAACCAGAGGAUUGGUACUUACUUUUUUAAGGGUAUUAUGUACGGAUUGGUUGGGUUUGGAUGUGGCAUUGUUGGUCAAGGAAUUGCAAAUAUGAUAAUGAAUGCCAAACGGAGCGUAAAGAGAUCAGAAGAUGAUAUACCUGUUCCGCCACUACUGAAGAGUGCAGCUCUCUGGGGUGUUUUCCUUGCAGUUUCUUCCAACACCCGCUAUCAGAUUAUAAAUGGUUUGGAGCGCUUGGUAGAAGCAUCUCCCGUCGCUAGACAGGUUCCAUCAGUUGCAAUGGCUUUUACGGUUGGUAUAAGAUUUGCCAAUAAUGUCUACGGUGGAAUGCAGUUUGUUGACUGGGCCAGGUGGAGUGGCGUCCAAUAAAUUACCUUUUUUUUUUUCCUUAAUAAAAAAAAAAGGAAGCACUUUGUGGUUUGUACCAAAUUGUUCAGCUAAUUUUGGAAGACCUUCUGCAGGAAGCCGACAGACAACCGGCUGUAGCUUUAUUUUAGGUUUAGGUUUAGGUUUAAUUAAGUCGCCUCUCUUAAUACUAAUUAGGAUGCUCGCUCAUUUGUUUUGUUAUUAAAAUUUUUACGGUUAAGUCCUGAGCGGCAACUGGAUGCAUAUUUUGUUUCGUCUGUCGACUACGGCUCCACUUGAAAGGGGGUUUGGUUAAAGUUAAUGUUCUCAUUAGUGGAUGG